UUACUGCUGGCAGUCUCUCCUCGCGCUAGAAUCAGAAGGGGAUUGUCCAUUGCUAAAUCAAGCUCUGGCAAGCUGCUAUACCGGCUACCGGCUAUAACGGAUUCAAUCCAGCUUCAGCAAGCAGCAUGCAGCCCGAAGGAACAGGAUGCUCCUGACAAUGUGCCAGUGAGUUGAAAAGAGAGAGAGCUGAAGGUCAACUCAAAGUUAUAAAGAUGAACCCUAUGGAGGAAAUGACGACCAUGUCUCUGCCGAUGUGGGCUCUGUUCACCAACUCCAGCCAGCUGUACUACAACCCCAACACCACUGUGGCCCCUAAUUUCCUCACCAAACCCAAGGCCUGUGAGCAGCUCAACAUCGCCAUAGAGGUCUUCCUCAUCCUGGGUAUUAUCAGUUUUUUGGAGAACAUCCUGGUCAUCUGCGCCAUCAUCAAGAACAAGAACCUCCACUCCCCCAUGUACUUCUUUGUGUGUUCCCUGGCUGUGGCCGACAUGCUGGUCAGCGUCUCCAACGCCUGGGAGACCAUCAUCAUCUACCUGCUGACCAACCGGCAGCUCAUUGUGGACGACCAUUUUAUUCGUCAGAUGGACAACGUCUUUGACUCCAUGAUCUGUAUAUCAGUGGUGGCGUCUAUGUGUUCUCUCCUGGCCAUCGCUGUGGACCGGUAUGUGACCAUCUUCUAUGCUCUGCGUUACCACAGCAUCAUGACCCAUAGAAGGGCCGCUCUCAUCAUCGGAGCCAUCUGGACCUUCUGCACGGGCUGCGGCAUCGUCUUUAUCAUGUACUCCGACACCACCCCUGUUAUCAUUUGCUUGGUGUCCAUGUUCUUCACCAUGCUGGUGCUCAUGGCCUCGCUGUACAGCCACAUGUUCAUGCUGGCUCGCUCCCACGUUAAGCGCAUCGCGGCUCUGCCAGGGUACAACUCCAUCCACCAGAGGGCCAGCAUGAAGGGAGCCAUCACUCUCACAAUCCUCCUGGGCAUCUUCAUCGUCUGCUGGGCACCCUUCUUCCUCCACCUUAUCCUGAUGAUCUCCUGCCCCAGGAACCUGUAUUGUGUGUGCUUCAUGUCUCACUUCAACAUGUACCUCAUCCUCAUCAUGUGUAACUCUGUGAUCGACCCUCUGAUCUACGCCUUCAGGAGUCAGGAGAUGAGGAAUACCUUUAAGGAGAUUAUCUGUUGCUACAGCCUGAGGAACGUGUUUGAGUGUCUCCCUGUGUGCUAUAAACCUGGAGUGGCAUAGAACUCUUACCCUUAUAGACUCUUUGGCCAUGAGUCCUACAAGUGCUUUAGUCAGCAGGAUUUGGCCAUGGGUCCUACAAGUGGUUUAGUCAGCAGGAUUUGGGCAUGAACCGAGUGCGUUGGAGUAGAAGACUGUCUUAUUAAAAUGUGUCUUAGACUGCCUCGUACCAAUCUGAUUAACCUCAACUUGUAGAACCCUUUGUGCCUUAACACUAGAACUGCUAAUGCAGUCAUUUUGACCCUAAGGUUUAUAUCCGUCCACAGAAUCAAAGCAGUCUCAUCAGCCUACUCUGGCCUACUUGGAGUAGGCUACACAGUGAGAGCGUGUGUAAUUGUACAUGCUGAACGGCUUUCAAUAUCUGGGAAAAUAUACACAUCAGGCAGCAGGUGAGCGAGAGAGUGUCAAAGAAUGUGGCGAUGAGGCAAGGGGAGAAAUGUCACGAUGGACAACUUCUUCACUGUCAUUGGAGAACAAGUUGCUUGUGGUCGGCACAAUGAACAAAGUUAGACGUUCGCUCCCUCCCUCUGUGCAGAAUAAAGCAACUGCACUGUCGUUAUACUCCACAAAGGUACUGAAGAAUGACAAGAUGACAGGAACACAAUAAAAAGACGACUGUUACGCACUACAACCAAACAAAGGUAUGUCAGAGUGUGUCAAGCAAGUAAAAGUUACGAAAAUGGUGUCAACUGUUAGGACAAGGGAUAACAGCUAAAUGACAUCCAACUGUUAGGACAAGGGAUAACAGCUAAAUGACA